AUGGGUAAGAAGAGAAAGUCAGUAUAUGCCGUCAGUAUUGGACGCAAUUGGGGGUUCCGAACCGACUAUAACGAUGUCCUGGAAGACACUUACCAGUAUCCGGGAGCUGAGUUUGCAGGGUUCCAAAACACGGAGGAGGCCAGAGAGUGGUUGGAGGAACCGAGACGUACCAAACGCCGCGAUAUGCACCUAGCCCGGCUCGAAGAACCGGAUGACGAACAAGUUCGUUCUCAGUUGGAAGCCGAGGUGAAGGCCUUGAACGACAAAAUCGUCUUCAAGACAGCGGCCAAGGUCACAGUUAACGAGAAGGAGCUUAAUGAUAUUCCUAGGGGAGCUACCUCUACUCCAUCUCCUUCUCCAUCUCCCGCUCCAUCUCUCUCUUCUUCCCCCUCUUCCUCUCCUUCUCCUUCUCCGUCUUCCUCCUCUCGUUGUUCUCGCUGUUCUGGUUGCUCUUGCUCCUCUUCUCCCGGCGAUGAUCUUCCUUCGUCUCCUCCUUCUACCAAGCCAGUUAAGACGACUUCUUCCCCUGCCUCUGAUUAG